AUGGAUUCAGGUUCUACGGAAGUCUACCUGUUCUCCAGUGCCCACCACCUCCUGGGUCCCCCAGCUCCCCCUGCAGCCAGCUCCACAGUGGUCCGCUCUGGUUCCAAACUGAAGGUUCUGUGUUCCGUGACCACAACAGACCGGGGUUACUGCAGUGACCAGCAGAACAGCCUUGGCGUUGUGGAGCCCAGAGCUACCCCUCGGCCGUACUUGGGGUUGGUCUUUUAGGAGCUACCCAGGAUUGUGGCCACAUUGAUGGAAAAUACGGUAUCAAAUUCUAAUGGUUUUCCGUGGGGAUUAGUAAUAUGGGCAGGUGUCAUUGGAUUUUUUGCUAUUCCCCUUUUUUUGUGGAAGACUAUCAGAUCAGUUAGGAGUUGGCUUUACGUGGGAAGAGAGAAAAAGCUUGCUGUAGUGCUUUGUGAACUAAUUGAAAAAAAAUGCAAAGUGCUUGAAAAAUCUAGGUGUGCUCAGAAAGUGUUUGGAGACUAUGAAGUACAGUCAUCUUUACAGGAUAACAGCUUUGAGAAGGAGGCAGCAGAAGCACAGAGUUUGGAGGCAGCCUGUGAAAAGCUUAACAGGUCCAUUUCUGAAAUUAAGGAUGAAAUAUUCUAUCUAGAAAAAGAGUUAAAGGAAGAGAAAUCUAAACAUACUGGACAAGAUAAGUUGAUGGCGGAGAGUUCAAAAAUGAUACGGUCACUAGAAGAUCAUGUAGCAUCCCUCAAAUCACAAAUGGCUGAAGCCAAAAUGACCUUCAGGAUAUUUCAAAUGAAUGGAGAACAACUGAAGUUAGCAAUAAAAGAUACUUUGAAUGAAAAUUCUCAACUUCAGGGAAUCCAUAAACAGCUUUUGCAAGAAGCUGCAGUAUGGAAAGAACAAGUGAGUGAACUUAAUAAACAGAAAAUAUCAUUUGAAGACUCCGAAGUGCACACAGAACAAGUUCUAAUUGAUAAAGAUGAUCACAUCAAGACUCUGACUGAACGCUUGCUGAAGAUUAAAGAUUGGACUCCUAUGCUCAGAGAAGACAGAACGGAUGAUCAUAACUUGACAUUGGAAAUGAACAGUGAAUUGGAAAAUGGUGCCUACUUAGAUGAUACUCCAAAAGGAGCUUUGAAGAAACUGAUUCAUGCUAAGUUAUAUACUUUAAAAACUUUACGAGGAGAAAGAAACCAAAUUUAUAUUCAGUUGUCCAAAAUUAAUGAAACACAGAAAGAUCUUAGAGACCAUGUUAAACAUCUACAGUCUGAACAAGCAUCUUUACAGUCAGAAAACACACAUUUUGAAAGCGAGAAUCAGAAGUUUCAACAGCAACUUAAAGUAAUGACUGAAUUAUAUAAAGAAACUUCAAUGAGACUUUACAAAAAGUUAGAGAAUGAAGAGGAGCUUUCUAACGUAGACAGAAAGCUCAACUAUACCACUGACCAGCUGGAGAACUAUAGAAAGCAAGUCAAAGAUCUUGAAGAAAAGUUGGAAAGAAUGAUUCUUUCUUAUCAAGGGCGGAUGAUUUUCUGUAAGAGAAAAGAACAUGAAAAUUGGUUGGCAGCUCAGACUGCUGAAGGAAUCCUCAGUGAUUUCAGGAAAGAAAAUGCUCACAAGAGACAAAAAUUAACUGAAAUGGAGUUUAAAUUCAAAUUUUUACACAAUGAUCCUGCUGCACUUGAUGUUCCAAAUACAGGAUUUGGCAGAGAGCAUUACCCAUAUGUUACCAAUAUGAGAAGAGGGCCUCCUUGCCCCCCACCUCCUCCAGGAAUCAGGUUGGGAGUUUCUCCACAUGAUUUUCCACCAAGAGAUUUCCCAGGUCCACCAUAUGCUCCAUUUGCAAUGAGGAAUGCCUAUCCACCCAGGGCUUUUCCGCCUUACUUCCACCAAGACCUGGGUUUUUCCUUCCUACCCCUAUACACUGAAGGGAGAAGUGAGAUCCCUGCAGGGUGGAUUCCAUCGUCUAAUGACCCUGCAACUGAACAAAAAUAA